CGUUAGGGGGCAAUGUGAGCCGGCUUUGCUGGGACAUUAACAUGGCCGACUGAUGUAAGCGCAGCGUGAGUUUCAGCCCCAACAAGUGCUUCGUAUUUCUCCCGACAAGCGGAAAUGUAGCAUUUCUUGGCAGGCUAAAAGCGAAUGGGGUUGUUUUUUAAGACUUUUUGAUGUUCACACGAGACAGGUCAGUUCACCGGCUUGCGGACUCGAUCCUGCGUGGCCGGAUCCGAUCUUCGUGGACUCUGUACGCGGGUUGUCAGCCUUCGCCACCAAAAAGGAGUAGUCGGUGUUUCACACGAGCAUCACAAAGCCCCGGUGAGAAGAAACGUCUUCUCCACAUGUGGCGACGUCUGACAAGAUCAUGAAAGAAACGGCGCCGACAGAUGCUGAUGACCCCCCAGGUCCAGAGACGCCAUCCAAGCCCUCCUUUGAUUUGGCACCCACCUCCAAAGGUCGGCAGCGCAGGAAAAACCCCAGAUAUUCCGACUAUGACACCGGGGACACGGACACACAUGAGACGCAAAGUGAUGACAAAAACGCGGAGACAAAGAGGCUGGGAAACGAGGCGACGCCUCGAAAGACGCCUGCCAAGCGAGGACGGCCGAAGAAGGUCCCCCAGCCGAGUGUGAACGAGGAAGCAGCGUCUCAGGUGUCUAACGGGGAAACGUCAACGAAAAAGACCCCUGGUGCAAAAGGGACGCCUUCAAGCAAAACUCCAGCUAAAGCUAACGUUACCGAGGCCUCUCCUGUGGCGGGGGACUCCGUGGCGAAUGGGACGCCAAAGCCUAAGAGGAAGUACACGAAGAAGCAGGUAGUCAAGGCCGAGCCAGUCGCACGUGAGAAGAGUCCAGACGUACCCGAGGAGGUGGAACCAGGAGGACGCCGCAGGAGGAGCGCCGCUAAAAUGGCGAUGAAGUUCCUCCACGCGAUGGCUGAAGAGGAGAGCAGUCAUUCCGCUGAAGGUCCCCAAGCCAGCAGCGACUCCAUUCCCAAAACAGCAGAAGUGGCAAGCAGGAACAUAAGUUCUCAAGGUGGAAAAGGGCGCAGAGGUCGCAAGAGAAAGUACUCCGACAGUGACGGUGCAGACGACCAAGACUUUGUUCCGGAUGUGGAGGAGGAGGAAGUGGCCAAUGAGGAGGAGGAAGAGGAGGAGGCGGCGGAGGAGGAUGACGACGAGGAUGUGGAGGCGACAGACUCGGAUUCAAACUACAAAAGAAGCUACAGCAGCAGCGCCUCAGGCACCAAACUGGAGAAGAAAAUGGCUGGCGGCAUGAUGAAGACCAUUGUGGAGGCCUUCCACACCUUCAAGAAAUUCCGUGAGGAGCACCACAAGAGCUGGCUGUUCUCAGAGUGGAUCCCCUCCUCCAGGGCCUGGACCCCGGUGCCACAAAGUGAAGUGGAGACCUAUCUCCCCCAGGAGCACCAAUCAGCUGCUUUCCGAGUGUCCAGGGAAGGUUGCAAAGAGGAGGAGCCUCUGCAGAGACUCGGCAGGUUCCAAGCAGGACCUCCUCACCAGGACUACUGGGACAUGCAUCUGAACGCAGGCGGGCCGGUGUGGGCCAUGGAGUGGUGCCCAACCCCCGACGGGGCCGUGGUGUCCCAGUACUUGGCUGUGGCCUGCCACAGAAACAUGGACGACCAGCACUACCUCCACAAAAACUACACCGGACCCGCCCUGGUGCAGGUGUGGGACCUGGGCAGGCUGGAGUACAACAGCAGGCCCACCUCACAGGCCGGCCUGGCUUACGGCCUGGUCCUGGACAAGGGUUGCAUCUGGAACCUCAAGUGGUGUCCCUCAGGUGCCUGGGAGAUGCCCUCCACCAGGAAAGAGGCUCCUCUCCUGCCCAGACUUGGUCUUCUGGCAGUGGCGACCUCCACUGCCGUGGUCACCAUCUACAGUCUGCCCCAUCCUGAAGCUCUGAACACCAGCCAGAACCUCCCGGGUAAGCCUUCUGGUGACAGCGACCAGCGUGGGUCCAUUUACAAGCCAGAUCCUGUUCUCAGACUCAAGCUGGGCUCCUUGAAAUUACUUCGUCUGGAUGAGAGUGGGCAAGUUCUGUCCAUGGAUUGGCUGCCCGUUCAACCGCACGACGUCAUUGCCGUCGGGUUCUAUGAUGGUGUUGUGGGUCUUUGGGACCUGAACACAAAGUCAGCGUUGUUGCGUGUUCAGGGGUCACAUGACUCCGUCACCCUGCUGCCAUACAAAUGCUUCCUGGCUCACGACCACGCCGUGCGCGCUCUGGCUUUCUGUCAUGCUAACAGAGAUCUUUUAGCGACUGCGGGGGAGGACCGCCUCUUGAAGACAUGGGACCUGAGGAGGCUUUACGGGCCAGUCACGGUCCAGAAACGCUCUGUGCCCAAUGAGAUCUACUGGCCCAUAAAUUCAGCAGGACUCCUUUCGGCCCAGGAGAGCGCCUACGCAGCAACCUUCUCCCAAGGAGUGCAUUACGUUGACCACAAGAUGCGCGCCUACUUUGCAGUCCCCAGGAUGACCACAAUGUGGUCCAUCGCUUACUCUGAUUGGCUGAACAGUAUGGUGACAUCAGACGUGUUGGGUGAGGUCAUUUUCGCAGCCUUACCUUCAAGUAUUUCCACAUUUCAGUACAUCAAACGGCCCAUCGACAGAAGAUUUCCCAUCUACUUCACCACCCUGGAGCCUCAUGAGGACACUGGAGAGGAGCAGGAGCAGGAGCAGGAUGGGCCGGUGGAGAAGAACAAUGAGGAGGCAGAGGGAGGAAGCGACAGCAAGGUUCCUCCUCGAGGGCUUGAGACCUACAGAGAGGCUGAGAAGAAGUUUUACCUUCAUCACACCGACAGCAACAUGGUUUUAGGCAGGAAGGGACGUCUGUGGAAGCAAAUGCAAGCCAGCGAGCUGAAGAGCAGGAUCAACAUGGACCACAUGCCGCUGGCCGCACUGCACAAGGUGCGUCUGAGCCCCAACAUGAGCUGCCACACCUGGCUGGCGUCGGCGGGCCAGAGCGGUUUGAUCCGCCUCAACUGUCUGAGGCACAUCAACAGCCCCGAUAUCAACGCCGCCAUCCGCAAGUCCCGGGCCCAGUUUGAUGCCCGUCACCGCCCCUGCAAGGACGCCCCCGCGUGACCCCCGCUGUUAGCAUGGGCAUGCUAGCUGGAGGAGGAUUUUACAAUCAACUCAAGGGGAGACAUUUGUUUUUGUGGGAUUCUGAUGUUAAAACUGGAAGGUGAUUAUUCUUUUCAUCAUGUCAGGCCACGGCUGCAGAAAAACUGAAUUUGAUCUUUUUUUAAUCUUUUUUUUAACUUCAAUGCUGAUGUUACCAAUGAUUCACGGUGUGUUUAUAGCCGUCAUUGAACGUAACGCUGUCACACUCGGUCAACAGGAAUACAUCAUGAGCUCAUAAAUACGUAUGUGUACAAUGUACAGCACCUACCUUGUGUACAGAACCUUUAUUCUUUUGGAGAGAUGUUAUUUAUAGUUGAUGCAAUUAAUAAAUAAAGAUGACGGAAUUGAACAGUAA